CAGCGGCUGCAGUGGCGGCGGGCUGCUGUGGGACGCUGGCCUGCUGGAAGCCCACGCGGGCCCGGCCGGGAUGAGCCAUGGCAUCGGUCAAGGUGGCCGUGAGGGUCCGGCCCAUGAAUCGCAGGGAAAAGGACUUGGAAGCCAAGUUCAUUAUUCAAAUGGAGAAAAGCAAAACAACAAUCACAAACUUAAAGAUACCAGAAGGAGGGACUGGGGACUCGGGAAGGGAGCGGACGAAGACCUUCACCUAUGAUUUCUCUUUUUAUUCUGCUGAUGCUAGGAGUCCAGAUUAUGUUUCACAGGAGAUGGUCUUCAAAACCCUGGGCACAGAUGUCGUGAAAUCUGCAUUUGAAGGUUACAAUGCUUGCGUCUUUGCAUAUGGACAAACUGGAUCUGGAAAGUCAUACACUAUGAUGGGAAAUUCUGGAGAUUCUGGCUUAAUCCCUCGGAUCUGCGAAGGGCUCUUUAGUCGGAUAAGUGAAACCACCAGAUGGGAUGAAGCAUCUUUCCGGACAGAAGUCAGCUACUUAGAAAUUUAUAAUGAACGUGUGAGAGAUCUACUAAGGCGGAAGUCAUCUAAAACCUUCAAUUUGAGAGUCCGGGAACAUCCAAAAGAAGGACCUUAUGUUGAAGAGCUAUCUAAGCAUUUAGUACAGAAUUACGGGGACGUGGAAGAACUUAUGGAUGCCGGCAAUAUCAACCGUACCACUGCAGCGACGGGGAUGAACGAUGUCAGCAGCAGGUCUCAUGCCAUCUUCACCAUCAAGUUCACUCAGGCAAAAUUUGAUGCUGAAAUGCCAUGUGAAACCGUGAGCAAGAUCCACUUAGUUGAUCUUGCUGGCAGUGAGCGUGCGGAUGCCACGGGUGCCACCGGGGUCAGGCUCAAGGAAGGGGGCAAUAUAAAUAAGUCUCUUGUGACUCUGGGAAAUGUCAUUUCUGCCUUAGCUGACUUAUCUCAGGAUGCAGCAAGCCCUCUUGUAAAGAAAAAGCAGGUUUUUGUGCCUUACAGGGACUCUGUUUUGACUUGGUUGUUGAAAGAUAGCCUUGGAGGAAACUCUAAAACUAUCAUGAUUGCCACCAUUUCACCUGCUGAUGUCAAUUACGGAGAAACCCUAAGUACUCUUCGCUAUGCAAAUAGAGCCAAAAACAUCAUCAACAAGCCUACCAUUAACGAGGAUGCCAACGUCAGACUCAUCCGUGAGCUACGAGCAGAAAUAGCCCGGCUGAAAACACUGCUUGCUCAAGGGAAUCAGAUUGCCUUCUUAGACUCCCCUACAGCUUUAAGCAUGGAGGAGAAACUUCACCAAAAUGAAGCAAGAGUCCAAGAACUGACCAAGGAGUGGACAAAUAAGUGGAAUGAAACCCAGAAUAUUUUGAAAGAGCAAACCCUGGCCCUCAGGAAAGAAGGAAUUGGUGUUGUCCUGGACUCUGAGCUGCCUCACUUGAUUGGCAUUGACGAUGACCUUCUGAGUACUGGAAUCAUCUUAUAUCACUUGAAGGAAGGCCAGACCUAUGUUGGUAGAGAAGAUGCUACAACAGAGCAAGACAUUGUUCUCCAUGGUCUUGACUUGGAGAGUGAACACUGUGUCUUUGAAAAUGUUGGGGGGACAGUGACCCUAAUACCUCUGAGUGGGUCCCAGUGCUCCGUGAAUGGUGUUCAGAUUGUGGAUGCCACACACCUCAACCAAGGUGCUGUGAUUCUUUUGGGGAGAACCAAUAUGUUUCGCUUUAACCAUCCAAAGGAAGCUGCCAAGCUCAGGGAGAAGAGGAAGAGUGGCCUUCUGUCCUCGUUCAGUUUGUCCAUGACCGACCUCUCAAAGUCCUGCGAGAACCUAUCUGCAGUCAUGUUGUAUAACCCCGGUCUUUUUCCUAUAAAAGGACCCAUCUGUCUAAGACUUGAAUUUGAGAGGCAGCAGCGUGAAGAACUUGAGAAACUAGAAAGUAAAAGGAAACUCAUUGAAGAAAUGGAAGAAAAGCAGAAGUCAGACAAGGCCGAGCUGGAGCGGAUGCAGCAGGAGGUGGAGACCCAGCGCAAGGAGACUGAAAUUGUGCAGCGCCAGAUCCGCAAGCAGGAGGAGAGCCUCAAACGUCGUAGCUUCCACAUUGAAAACAAGCUCAAGGACUUGCUAGCAGAGAAGGAAAAGUUUGAGGAGGAGAGGCUGAAGGAACAGCUGGAAUUUGAGCAACAGAAGAAGAGGCAGGAGGAAGAGAGCUUCUCCCGCAUUAAAGAAGAGCUCUGGAGGCUCCAAGAGCUCAACAACCUUGAGCAGGCAGAGAAGAUUGAGAUCUCUCUGGAGCUGGAGCGGCUCCACAGGGAACAGGAUGCUCAGAAUGCAAAGUUGGAGCUAGAGAAAAGGAGGCUGGAGGAGCUGGAGAAGGAGCAGGUGUUGCGUGUGGCACACCUGGAGGAGCAGCUGCGAGAGAAGCAGGAAAUGGUUCCCCUGUUACAGAGGAGUGAGGUUCAGCGAGUCGAGGAGGAGGAGAAGAGGGACCUGGAAGGCAUCCGGGAGGCUCUUCUGAGGGCCAGGGAGGCCCGUGCUGGAGGGGACCACAUCUACACUGAGGAGCUAGAAAGGGCUCAGCUGCACUUCUUUGAGUUCAAGAAAAGGCAGCUUGUGAAACUGGCAAACUUGGAGAAGGACCUGGUCCAUCCGAAAGACCGCCUUAGAAAAGACAUCCAAGAAGAACAGGAAACCCUCCAGCAAGUAAAAUGUGAGAGUGACAAGGAACCCAGGCUCUUGGCAACAAAUGAUAGUAGUGUUACAAGUGUCACCUGUGUGGCUCAGGGUGUAGAGAAUAUAAAGCCAGCAGAAGACAGGCUGCAGUGUAAAGAACGCCAGCUACAGGACCUUCUGAAGCAUCAUUUGCCAGCUGUUUUGGAAGAAAAGCAGAGAGCGCUUGAAAUCCUUGACAGAGGCACCCUGGACUUGGACCACACUCUCUACCAAGUAGAAAAAGAAGUGGGGGAGAAAGCAGAGCAGAUAGCACAGCACCAGACCAAUGUGAGCCAGCUGCAGCAGCUCCAAGCCACCUUGGAGUUCACGGCCAACAUUGCUCAGCAGGAAGAGAGAGUGAGGAAGAAGGAAAAGGAGAUUCUGGAAUCCCAGGAGAAGCAGCAGAUAGAGGCUUUGGAGCAUGCUAUGGCCAAGCUGGAGAGGAGGAGUUCUGCCCUGCAGAGGCACUCCAUCCUAGGUCUGGAGAUCCAAGAGCAGAAGCAGAAGCUUGUCUCUCUACACCACAGUACUGAACAGUCAGGGCUCUGGGCCAGCCUAGAAGCAGAGCAGGAGGCCCUGGAGAAGGACCAGGAAAGGUUGGAACCUGAAAUCCAGCAGCUGAAGCAGAGGAUCUGUGAGGUCGAUGGUGUUCAAAGACCUUAUCUUGGAACCCUGGAGGGGAAGGCUGCUGCUUCCCACAUGGUAUCCAGUACUGAAAAACCUCCCCUGGCUCCACUGAUGGAUGCCAGUAUCAGUGCAUACAUUGAGGAAGAAGUCCAAAGACGCCUUCAGGAUUUGAACCGGGUUAUGGCUGAUGCCAGCAAUGCACCUGCAGAUACUAUGAAGGAUAAUGAGAAAUUUCACAAUGGCACCAUUCAACGUAAGCUAAAAUAUGAGAAAAGGCAGCCUUGGUCUACACAGUGUGUUGUUGCUCCAUCACUGCCCAAAAAUACCACCUAUAUUUUCGGUGGCAUCGUCAGAGAAGAGAGGAAGGAAGUGGAUCUGAGCAGCCACUGGAGCCGCCACCCUGCAUCACAGAGCACCUCAGGCUCCAGAGCUGCUUCCCUGGCCUCCCAAGAAGGAAUUUCCCAGUGCUCAGGUCCUGAGGUACUGCAAGAUUUCAGAUACAAAUGCUGUUGUCCUCAGGAGUCUGUCCAUCUUGUACCAAAAUGUGCUCAUCUACCUAAAAUCUCCUUUCUUCAAAUAAACAACAGCUGCAGUACACAAGGUAUUCAGAGAGAGCCAGUUACUCCAGAGGAUGAACUCAGCUUGGGAGUCCAUUCCAGCUGGACAUUGGUACAGCACACAUCCCAUCAAGCUUCUCCGAAUCACAGCAGCCAGCAGGCCAUGCCUAGUAGGGUGCUUUGCUUUGUUCUCUCAGAAAGGGUUUCUGGAGAGAAGUCUCAGUCUAGCAGUGCUCCUCAGAGUGCACCAGCCUCCACGUUUUGUUUGGAGCAGCAACCGGAGAGAGAGUUAACUGCCGAAACGACUACCGCUACAGCACCCCCAGUCAGUGUCAGGACAGAAGGACACCGAGGACUGAGGUGUUUUUACCACAAGUUCUCAGACCUUUAUAAAGACACCAGUGGUCACCUGAUACAGGCUGGUACAAAGGUGAUGAGCCAGGCCAAGUAUGUGAGAGAUGUAUGUGACCCCAGUGGGCUAGCCUCCCACAUGACAACCUUCAUGAAAAGCCUGCCGUUUCUGAGGCACUUAUCCCUUGGCCUGCCAUUGAGAUCACAACUAGCAUCAUCUGCAUCUGCUUUUCUUGAAGCUCAGGUUGGCAGUUCUGACAGUGAAGAGGGUGGAAGCCUGAGGCCAGCAGACAGUGUUACACCUUACGCAGUCUGUGGCUUCACAGCUGCAGUUCCACCAGGUUCCUUACCAAGUUCAGUUCUCCACCUUAAUUAUAAAGAUGCUAGAAAGAUCUCUGUAUUUAAGCAGACCCUGGUGUCAUUCCCUGAGCAAAUGCUGAAGCUUCAAGAGCACCCUCUCCAAGAUCUUCUGCAACACAUGGCCCAUGCUCUUCCAGUGCCUUUGGGUAGCAUGAAGAAAGUCAAAGGCAUUUAUUGGCUGGCGGUUGCUAACCUCUCACAGCCUGACCCCCAGCCCGCAUGUCUGUUGCUGCUGCCGUCAACUUUGUACGCUGUGGUCCCAUUGCACCAUCAACAGGGUGCCAUGAGCAUCUUUCAUGCUCUCCCUCUCUCUUCACUACAGGAGAUUCAAGUGGGCUUUGGUGGGCAGAGCCUUCGAUUCAUGGGCUCCACAGAGGACCUCCUGCUCACCAUAUUCACUUACAACAAAAGCCUUUCUCAGCAGCUGUGCUGGGACCUCCUGAAUGUCCUGGUGCCCAAGCCUGAAGCUGCUGCCUGUAGGAGUCACCCUUUGCUCCAGCAGGAUCUGGUUCAGCUCUCUCUUGAUUGGCAGGCAGAAAUCCCUGACUUAAACUUGGAGAAUGGAGUUCAGUUGUCCUCCAAGUUCCAGACGACCUUGGUGGACAUGAUUUACUUUCUUCAUGGGAACAUGGAGGCCAACAUCCCUUCCCUGGCAGAGGUUCGGUUACUGCUCUACACUGUGGUCCGAUUUGAGGGUGAGGCUGGCUAUGGCCAGUGCCAGGCACUGGUCGUCCUGAACACCCACAUUGUGCUCAUGAAGGAUGAUCAUGUGUUUUACCCCCGUGCUCGCUCUCUAAGCACACUUCCUCCACGUGCACGGUUUGACUUGAUCAAAUGCCGAGCUCUGAGUGAGUUCCGGUGUGCUGUUGUUCCAGAAAAGAAUAAUGCAUCGAUUUUGGAGCUCGUCUUCUUAAGGAAACCUGGGCAUGCCUCACACUCAGGAAGUGGCCCAUCUGUGCACCUUCAUGACGCUUCAAGCAUCGAGCUGCUCACCCCAUCAUGUGUUCAGUAUAGUCACAAUCCAGCCCUCGAGGUCUGGAAACUCACUUUUAAUUCUCAGGACGAGGGCCUUUGGCUAAUCUCAUACCUAACAAGACUCUGAGGAGGAAAUACUUUUUUAAAGAUGCAGAGCAUUUUUAAACAUAAAAUGAGCAUUGUGAAAAUAGUCAAGUGAAUAUGAAUAUCUCAGUGUAGCUAAUCACAUUAGAACUGGAACAAAGUAGACCUCUAAACUUGAAAAUGAAAAUAUUUUAAAUAAGGUAAAAUAAAAAUUGCUCACAGCAAAGAACUAGUAAAACAUCAUUAUUGCCACCUGCUUUAUUUGCUUGGAUCUCUGGAUUGUAAAUUUGU